AUGAUGAUUAGUACACGUCUAUCAUCACGUUCAUUUCAAUCAAUGAUAAAUGAUGAAACUUUAUGUGAUGAUUUAACAACAUUAAAUCAAAAUUCCUCAUCAUCAAUUUUAUAUCAUACUUUGAAUAUUCAUUGUAUCAGUGAAGAAUAUAUACUUCGAAAAAGCAAUAUUUUAUCAUCAUCUCAUAUCGAUGCACUUUUUCUUAAUUGGCCAAGUUUAACACGUAUUCAUGAAAAACUUGCUAAUGCAUUAUUAACUGCUUUAAAAACUGAAGGCGAACAAAUAUCUAUUGGAAACGUUUUAUGUCAAUUGAUAAUUAAAAAUUUUCUUAGAAAACGAAAACAACAAACUUAUGGAAUAGGUAUGAUGAGUGAUGCAAAUAUUUUAACAUUACCAUUACAACGUAUUGCUAAAUAUCCAUUUAUGAUCUAUCAAAUUUUAAAAACUACAUCUAAUGAUCAUCAUGAUCAUAAUCAAUUACAUAAUUCAUUAAAACAAGCAAAUGCAUUACGUGAAACAAUAAAUAAUGCUAUUGAUGAAGAAAUAAAUCGAACAAAAUUUCAAUGGUUACAAAAACAUGUUGAUUGUACAAAACUAAAUGAAGUAAAAUUAAAAAUCAAAAAGAAAUUUUUUUAUGAUCGAAGUUUUUCUCUUGUUAGACAAUCAUAUUUGAUUCAUUCAUUCAUUUUCGUGAACAAAGAAAAUUAUUACAUUAUAGUCACAUACGAUUGGUAUUCAUUAAUUCUUUUGUUUCUCUUGUAAUUUAGGUUUUUUUCAAUUGUAGUCAAUGUCAACAAAUAAUCUUUUAUAUGUUAUGUUAUUCAAUGAUUUUUUACUUUUAACUCGUAUAAAACGACCAUUCAUCAAGGGGGAAAAAGCGAUACUUCAUCUACUCCCAUACUUUUGGAAGUACAAUGGGAGUACAGUGGGAGUACGAUGGGAGUACAGUGGGAGUACAGUGGGAGUACAGUGGGAGUACAGUGGG